AUGUGGUCACUUUUACGAUUUCUGUGGUCAUUUAUACCAUGUCUAUGGUCAUUUGUACUAUCGGCAUGGUCUCAUGUACCACCCACAUGGUCACUUGUACCAUCUUUGUGGUCACUUGUACCAUCCGUAUGGUCAUUUGUACCACGACUAUGGUACUUUGCAUCUCGAAAAUGGUCACUUGUAUCAUCAGUAUGGUCACUUGUAUCAUCGGUAUGGUCAUUUAUAGCAUACAGAUGGUCAUUUGCACCAUGGCUAUGGUACUUUUUACCAUGA